AUGACGCCGCGCGCGCUUAUCGCCCUCGCGGCGUUUCUUGCUGUCUCUUGCACCGCCAACGAUGAACAAAAAGACAUCAUCUACCAACUCUCUGAGGAACAGUACUAUGAAAUGCCGCAACUCUUCCACCUCGAUGAGUACAAUGGCUGCCUGGCGACGCACAACGUCUACUGCCUUGGUAGUUUCGAGCUCUCCGCAGACGCCAACAACAAAUUGUUCCAGACCAUGCAGCGCUAUUCAGCAAAUUGGGUGGACAACUUCAACCACACUCGACUGCAUCGGGGACUGUGCCUUAACCGCAGCUGCUCUGCGCAAGCGCCACUUUCUUCAGCAAGCCUGCCGUUGGAGCAUGAGCUGCAAGCAUGGUUCUCAUCGUGCGUCAACGCGACCAUGCAAACUUCGUACGGGCUGCGGGCCCAUUUGUAUCAUCUGGAGUACUGCAAGAGCAGUACACCGAAUCCGAGCAGGCCACUGACCGCCAGUGAGAAAGCUUUCGCCGCAACCGUAGCGGCGAUGCUGGCUCUGGCUGUAGUUAGCACUACUCUGGACCUGACCUUAUCCGAUCACGCGCGUAAAGGUGCAGGUUGGACUUUGUCAUGGUCGGUGCGACAGUCGUGGAAAACACUGACAGCGCCACCUACCGCUGCGGGAGACUGUGAUUUACGAAUUUUCGAUGGUCUACGCGUCUUCUGCAUGUUCUGUGUCAUCAUCGAACAUGUAUGCUGGCUCGCUACGCUAUCUUACGUAGCUGAUACCAGACAUUACGAGCAGUCACGGCGUGCAGGAGACGUGAUGCUGAUGACAAACAGUACGCUGGUGGUGCAGAUAUUCUUCAUCAUGUCGAGUUUCCUUCUCGCCCACAAAUUGCUGCAGGACCGCACAUAUUUACCGCCGAUACGUACGUUCUUUACCACGAUGGUUAAUAGAAUUAUAAGGCUAAGUCCAAGUUACUUUCUGGUGGUAUGGUUCGCAUCGAGCUGGUGGGAGCGUUUGGGCAGCGGUCCGCAGUGGGCUCCACUGGUCACUACCGAGGCACAGAUAUGCCGGCAGAAGUGGUGGACCCAUCUGCUGUACCUCAAUAAUGUGUUGCAUCCUGAUGAUAAGUGCCUUAUACAGACAUGGUACCUAGCAGCGGACACACAGCUCUACGCAGCGGCAUUAGCACUAACACUGCUGUUGCGCAAUCGCAAAUGGGCCACAGUUGCGUUGGGAACACUGUUGGUCAUUGCAACAGGAGUCACUUUCGGCCUUGCUUACACCUGGCAUCUCGUGCCAACGUAUUUCGUACAUCGACCUGAGUCUAUACGCGCUACGUAUCACGGCGACGCUUCAUUCAACGUGCUGUAUCAAUCGCCACUCGGUAACGCGGUGGGCGCACUCUGUGGUCUUCUGUUGGCUCACGCGCACCACGCGCUACGACGUGCGGGGCUGCGUCCCGAGGAAUGCCAGAUUUUCCGCUGGGUGUCGGUAUUAGCUGCGCCGUUCGCUCUAUGGUGGGUGGCGCUCUCUCCACUGCUGCUGCCUGUGGGCCCGCCGUCACGUGGCGGCGCUGCCGCACUUGCGGCGUUCGAGAGGCCAGUGUUUGCGCUACUUGUCGCUGUAGCGCUUCUUGGCGCUAUGAAUGGAGUUCGAUCGCCGUGGUGCACAUGGAUGUCGGGGCGCGGCUGGGCGAUGUUCGCGCGUCUCUCGUUCGGCGCGUUGCUUCUUCACAUGCCACUUAAUAAAGCGUUACUCGCCGCCAAAUUAGCACCCGCGCAGAUAGACAGACGGAAUGCCAUAUUCGAAUGGUUCGGCGUAGCAGCAGUAUCGUACGCAGCGUCACUGCCACUUGCUCUGCUGGUAGAGCUGCCAGUAAUGCGACUCCACCGUGAACUGACGCGACUAAUACAUACCAACAAGACUAGUCAGACUGUAGGUAUUAACAUAAGAUAG